ACAGUUGUGCUCAAUUCUUGCAACAAAUAACGAUUAGUAAACGUAAUUAUGAAAACUUUCAUUUGUAUAUCCAUUGAGAAUCACUGAGUAAAAUUUGGAUAAUGUACACGAUGGGCACGCCGAAACAUCCAUUAUCAAACAAAGUGAAUUUCACUUACAUUAAAUAAAUAUAGAAUUAUUGUUUAACAAUGGAUAUAUCCAAUGAUAAGUUGAAAAUAGUCAAUGAAAGUUUUGAGGAAAAUAGCCAAGAGAAUAUUAGUGUUAUUUUGGAUGAAUCACAAUUUAUAAAAUGUAUUGAUGAAGAUGACGAUGACGAUGAUGACAAUGAAAUAAAUGAGAAUUUACAUGAAUACGAGGGCAACAUUUAUACUAGUGGAGAUGUAGACAUAGAUGAGGAAAAAGAAUUAUUGCAAAUUGAUGGAACAGAUCCAAAUAGACCAAUUGAAGUUAUGGUACCAAAUUCAAUAUUACAUCCCUAUCAAGUAAUGCACAGUCCUUAUGAUGGAAAAAUUUAUGUUAUUACUGAUAAUGACGACUCCUAUGCAACUCAAGCAAUUCAAAUAAAUUCUUCCGAAGAAUCAGUUUCCAAAAAGAGAGAUGACAAAAGAAGAACUACUCAUAAUGAAGUUGAAAGAAGAAGGAGAGAUAAAAUAAAUACUUGGAUUACAAUGUUGGGAAAACUUUUACCAAAAUAUAAAACUAAUGCAAAUGAAGUUGGUGACAGUAAAAACAUUUUUGAAUCACAAAGUAAAGGAGGAAUUUUAUCGCGUGCCUGUGACUACAUAAAAGAAUUAAAAGAAACAAAUAAAACUCUCGAUCGACGAGUUGUCGAAAAUAAGCAUCUUUUGCAAGAAGUACAAAAUCUCCGUCAAAUUAUUGCUCAAUUAAAAAAAGAAAAUUCUUACUUAAAGAGCAAAAUUUCCGAAGCUGAUGAGAAAACGGGUACUUAAUGUUUGAAAAAAAGAAAAAAAAAAAAAAAAAAUUGUUAUGUUAUUGCUUUUACGAAUAUAAAAUUCACAAGCUGUCAAUUAUAUUUAUUUUGAACGUUCAAUUGAAUGAUUUUUCAAUAUUGUAAAAAUUUAUUCACAUUUUUGUUGGUUUUUUAUUUUAUUUUACAUUACAUUAAAAAAUGCAUUUACUUUUGUAAUAAAAUAAUUACUAAUAUUAAUUUUAAAUAGUAAACUAAACAAUGAAUGUAAGUAAAAGAAAAAUGAAAUAUAUAAUACUGAAAAUAGAUAAAUUUAGUUUAAUAAACAAAAUUUCGUUCAUUUAAACGUUCAAAAUUUCAAGUAUAUACUCUCUCUUUCACUGUUUGUAUGAAUUAAAAGUAUUCUUGUGUUAAUUAGAAAUAAAUGUAUUUUAUAAUACACAAUUUUACUAUCGAUUCAUUGAAUAAUUAAAAAGUUAAAUGAAAAUUAGUGAUAUUUAAAAAUAAUUCAAUUUAAAUCGUUCAAUUAAAAAAAAUAGACAUUAAGAAUAUAGAGAAAAAAAUAUAAUAAAAAAAAAUUGCAUUUCACUUUAAGAGAAAUUAAUUUAUAAAAUUUUAAUUAGAUGAUUUUUGAUGCCUUAUUGUAAAUUUAACUUAAAAAUAAAAAGAAGAAAGGGAUCUGAGAAAAAAAUUAAAUAAUGUAUCUUAUACAUUAUAAAAUGUUUAUUUACACAGAUUCAACUUAAUAUAUAUAUAUAUAUAUAUAUAUAUAUUUUUAGAUAUAUUUCUUCAUAAUAGAAACAAUUUCAAUAAUUCUAAAACUCGAACUGUACAUAAUAUUGUAAACAAAAUAAUUGUCUAUAAAUCGAACGAACAAAUCGUUAUUAUAUAUUAGGCUCGAAUACGAGACGUGAAAAUGAAAUUUAAUUAUAAAUAUACAAAUAUAUAACUUAGGAAGAUUUUUUUCUUAUUUUUUUUUUUUUAGAAUGUUUCAUUCGCCUUCUGUUAUUUACAAACUGUAAAGUACAACUUUAUUUACAAUUGUUUUAAUAAAAACUUAGAAUUUCUGGAGAUAAAUCACUAACGAUAUUUUUUUUUUUUCUUUUUCAAACAAUUAAACAAUACAUUUUAACAGUUUGUCUCUCUCGGGCCUUUAAAAAUCUCGCAAGAACUUUAAAAAUAGAUACACAACAAUUCUACUAUUACAAUUUUUAUCAUUGUUUUUUUUUUUCAUUGCUAGGAAUAAUAUUUUUUUUUCCAAAGCAGUAUUUUUUAUAAUGCAAUUUUCUAAUGACUUUUUUCCUCUAUAGUUUUAUAUUUUUUUUUUUUACACAGUGCAGAUGAUGAUACGAUGUAUAGAAAAAACAGUAUGACAAUAUGAGAAGCUAAUUCUUCAAAAAUGGAUGAUUUUGCUAAGUCGCAAAAAAUUUUUUUUUCUUAUAUUUUAAUACAAACUACUGAUUAUAACUUUGUAUUUUAAUGGCUACCUAAGCAACCUAUGGAAGUUAAGGAUUAUAAUUUUCUUUUUUAUUUUCUAAGUAUGAAAUUGUGCAGUACGUUUAACGAUUAUGUUACUUUUUUUUCGGUAACAUUUGUUUAUAUGUCCAUCGUAUCACGUAUUUUACAUUGGCCUCAAAGUCAUCGUUGCAAUUGAACUCACUUCUGACAAUAUUUUAAAAAAACAUCCUCCAUUAACAAUUCUUUAACUCCUCGAUUCGAUAUAUAUAUAAAAAAAAAAUAAAUCUCCAUUGAGAUUUAACAAAUUGAAACGAGUAAAUUGCGUAAUUUUCAACUUAAAAAAAUUUCACGCACUUAUUUUGGAAGAAAAUUUGAAUGUUUAUUUUUUUUUUUAUUUUUAAAAAAUCUAUAAUGAAAUUGUUUUAUAUAAAAAUAACUUUAAGCCAAGAGGUAUUCCAACGACAAAUACAUUUUUUUUUUCUUACUCUAAUCCAUCAAACUGGUUAUAUUGUGUACAUUAUAUUUAUAGGAAUUUAUAUUCCUUCUCAAUAUAUUGUCUUUGUCAUGAUAAAAUUAAUUUUUGAAAUCAAAAACUCGAAAAAAUAAAUUUAUAAAUUAAUUUAAUUUUUCACUUUAAUUCAUGAAUUUUUAAGUCAAAAAAAAAAAUUAAUUUGGAGUUAAAUCUUUAUUUAAAAAUGAUAUUUCCCAUUUGUGAUUAUUAUUUUGAGAUAAUUUUUAAGAAAAACAAAUUUAAUGUUCAAUAAAUAUGAAUUUUUUUCAAAAUAAAAAACCACUUUUCUCAACGUGUUAAGCAUGUAUCUUAAAUCGCUCGUAUUAUCAUUACUUCUGUAUAUAUGAAAAAAAAUCACAAUAUUUACAUUUCCAUUAUAGUUUAAUUCAAAUAUUUGACAAAUUAUUUUGUCAAAAAAAAAAAAAACAAAACAAAAACCUUGUUACAAGAAAAUGAAAUUUUAUCAAAAAGAUAGAAAAUUCGUACAACUCAAAUUUUCCUCAACACUCGUUCAACUUUCUACAAAAGUUUUUUUUUCGAAUCAUUAUUCGAUACUUUUUUUUUCUUUGGAUAUCAACAAUAAUUUAUUUUUCUCCUCUAAAUUCUGUGCAUUUAAACUUUCUCUCUAUUUCGAAAAAGGUGCUUUUAAUAGAGUGACCGUGAAAAAUUAAUUUUCGAAUAUUAAUUAUGUCACUUUUCAUCAACACGAAACAAAAAUUUGGUUAAUUUAUUAAAUUAUUAAUAUCUAAAACUUUGGAACUUUUUUCAAUGAUGAACAAGGUGACAAUAAAAAAAAAAAUUCGAAAAUAAUUUUCCAUGUUUCUUUUUUAAGAUUAGAAUGGAAUUUUCUUUUCUCAUUUUAAUUCAAUGAUAUGAAUGAUUUUAUAUAUCGUUAAAAUUUUUUCCAGAUAACACUAAGCAACUAUUCUUGCAUUUUUUCUUGCAAAUCACUUAUAAGAAGCAAAUAUUAUUUUGCCUUCAGUCUUUUUUAAAAAAAACUUAACAAUCAAUGGCACUUGGUACCAAUAUGAAAAGUAAGUACGUCAUUAUCUUUUGUUUUUUUUUUUUUUCAAA